CUCUGAAUUUGUCAUCGAUUUAGCAUAUUGUGUGGGUAUCGGAACUGACAGUUGCUCGGUCAUGGCGUCAGAAGCAAAGGGUGCUGUUUUUGAACUUUGUAAAAAAGCUACCCACGCUAAACGUUGCCCUUGCAACAAUCAUAUUUUAAACAAUUCUUUAGCAAAAUCUUCCAAAGUCGCAAUAUGCAGGAAUGCAUCAUCAUCAAUGAAGAAGGUUGUAGCUUUUGCCAAUGCAUCAGCGAAGCGACACAAAGUGUUCGAAGAGGAAAUGGGAGGAGUGGCGUUAAAAGGGCUGUGCGAAACACGAUGGGUCGAGCGACAUGACGACCACCUUCAAUUUCAAGGUCUGAACCUCGUGUAUAUUUGUAAUGCUCUUGAGAGAAUUUCCUGUUGGGAGGACAGCAAGACUGCGGGUGAGGCACAGUGUCUUAAACAAGCCCUCCAAAGUUCGGAAUUCCUAGUUACAUCUAUUUGCUUAUGUGACGUCUUAGAUGUAACUGUAUCUCUCAGCAGAUUUCUUCAAAAAGCCUCGUUAGACCUUUCUAAGGCAACGGAUGCAGUUAAAGAUGUGAUGAGCGUUUUAGAGGAAAAAAGGAAGGAAGCUGAUUCUGUUUUUGGAAAGUUGUUCUCCGAAGCAAAAAAGAUUGGUGAACUACUCGAAGUAGAAAUAAAAAAACCAAGAAUUGUCUCAAAACAAAUACAUCGAGACAAUAAUCAGCCAGCUCAAUCAACAGAGGAAUAUUUCCGACGAGCAAUAUAUAUUCCUCUGUUGGAUUCAGUACUCACCGAUUUCAAAGAUCGGCUAUCACAAGAUGUUUUAUCUUUAUUUGAACUGGGUGUUUUUUUGCCAAAAAAAAACUGCUACCGAAAAGGACUUGGAAGCCGUGAGACGAGCAACAACAUUUUAUAGCCAGCUUUUAAAUAACCCUCCCGUUUCGAUGGUUGUCCAGGAAUUCCAAUUGUGGACAAAAAAAUGGAAAAGAGAAGCUGAAAAUGGCCAAAAAUUUCCGGAUGACCUUCAAACGAUAUUAAAUGAUUGUGAUACGUGUAUGUAUCCAAAUAUACAUACAUUUUUGCAAAUACUUGCUUCUCUUCCUGUGAGCGUGGCAACGGCAGAGAGGUCGUUCUCAACACUAAGACGUCUCAAGACCUGGCUUCGUGCAAAUAUGGGUGAAGAGCGUCUCACUGGCCUUGCACUUUUGAACGUUCAUAGGGAAAUUGAGGUCGAUGUCGACACUGUCAUAACAAGUUUUGCUAAAAAAAAGGAUCGCCGCCUAGAAUUUGUAGUAUGAGUGUGCAAAAUAUUUGAACAUGCAUAUUAGGGUGGGUCAAAAAAAUCGAAAUUCUUUUCUUUUUUUUUGAUUUUGUACUCCAAAAAAUCGAUUGCUGGACACCUCUUGAAUAUGCACACCAAAUAUGAACUCUUUAUAUUAAUGGGAAGGUCCUCUGCUUCGCAAUUUUCCAUUUUUACAUCAAGCUUUUACUAAAAAAAAAUAUUUUUAUCAUUAUCAAUAAUGACUUUUUAGCAAAUUUCUUUGCAUAUUCUUGAAGGAAAUUGAACGCUCUACAAAAAAGGCCUUGAACAAUUUUUUGUUUAUCUAACCGUUUAAUAUAUAUUUGAGGUCCAAAAAUCGAGAAAAUCUUUAAAAACUCUUUUUUUGUUCUUAAUUUUUUAACAAAUUGAAAAAAUAUAAUCAAACGCACAAGACAUAUUCUUGUAGCAAAUAGAUUGCUCCACAAAAAAGGUCUUGGUAAUUUUUUUUAAUUUAUCUAACCAUUCUAAAGAUGUUCGAGGUCAAAGUUAAAAUAAAUUAUAAAAACAUUUUUUACUUUUAAAAAUUAUUCAGUUCACUGAAAAUUUAUUAUUUUUAAAUUAGCAAGUUGUAUUUUUGUAGGAGCUUAACGUUCUACAAGAAAUUCCUUAGCAUCAAAUUGAUUGCUUUAACCGUUUAGAAGAUAUUCGUAUCCAAAUCAUCCAAAUAUCUUCUAAACGGUUAAAACAAUCAAUUUGAUGUUAAGGAAUUUUUUGUAGAACGUUGAAUCGUCUACAAGAAUACAUCUUGGUAAUUU